AUCUCAGUGGGAAUUUCAGCUGAUGCAACUUCAAUCCUUCAAUGGAAUCACUUUUGUUUUGACAGUUCGUCAUAGAAAGUUAGUGAUCGUACUAAUUAUAUAUUUUUUUACAAAAAUGUGUAAAAUGAGUUGUAGCAAUCUCAGUAGAAAAAUUUUGCUCAGUAAAAUGGCCAAGGCGUACUCUUAAGCGUACAGCACCAAAUUUAUUAUUCCUCCUAUUUAUCUAUAGUUAAAUAUAUAGCAUAGCCUAUCUGAUUUCUUUCCACUCGUCAACCAUUAUCAUUUCAAUCGAUUUUUACCAGUUUUUCAAUUGUUCAAUAUCAGUUUUGAAAAUGCCUAAUUGAUCGUUUAAGUUUGAAGGAAUUGCAACAUUUUUCUGACUCGCUUUUUCUCGAACGGGAUAAAAUAUAAAUUUGGUCAUGGCUGCUUCUGAAGGACGUACGUUGUCUGCUGCUGUUUCUAUACCACAGUGGAUGAAGAACAAGAUGACCAAUGAUUUUUACCUGAAAAUUACUAGUUAAAAGGCAAUUUCCAACAUCUUCAUUCGUUAUACAUAGUUCGGGAAGAUAUCUCCAUAUCCUAGUGUGGUUACUUCAGUUUUUGAGUUCAAAAUGUUCCCCAAAAGAGAUUGGAGCCAAUUUAUGAGGUUCGAUUUCGAACAGAGCGCUUUCUCACCAACAGAAAUCGACGAUAGCUACCUGUUGUAUUAUCGUUAUCCAAGGGAACAAGAGAAAGAUCUCACCUCAAAAUCGCCAAUCAAGCAAGUGGAUCCUUCUAAGUACACUCUACCCUGCCAAAAGUACCUGAAAAAUGGAAAUGAAUGUGCCACUGCCCAACGUGUCGUUUAUCCAAUCCAAGCCAAGACAAAAUCCAGCGGUGUCGACGAUGGAUUUAAGGGUGAAGCAGCCAAGUGCGGCAGCUCCAUCAUCAGUCUCGCCAACAUGAUGGUCUCAGGCAGGGUUGUAAGAGGUUUCGAAGUUGAACCUGAUUUAAAGAAAGAACAAGAUGACGUCGACAUGCCACCUCAAGGUUUCGACCCUAUGUUGAGGAGAGGAAGUAAAUCCUUGCCAGCAUCCCCUCUAGGGUCUCCCAGGGAGUCGCCAAAAGCCCGCAGGAAGUACAACAAGUAUUUCACAGGUGCUUUUGUCGAUGCCGACACGAAACACCAGGGUAGCUGGUUAUUGUCCAACCUGCUUGCCAGAAGGGAAAAUGUCUCCCAGUCCUGUGAUUUGAUUGCCGAAGAAGAAAGUGAAGACACCAAAAGUCUCCACCCCGAAGAAGUCAUCACGCCUAUAAUCAAGAAGAAACCUACACUCGUUCCGAAACCCUCAGAAUUGAGGGAAAUGAAUUUUUGGUCACCAACUUCUAUGUAAUUUUCGAUAUUUACAAACUUUUGGUAUAAUUUUUGACAAAGUAAAAUGUGUAACAUUACGUUCAGCACCAAUUUUGUAACUUCUUAUAGAUGUUAACAAUGACGAAUUAGAUUUGUUAUUAGUAGAUCUUUUUUAGACUCUUCAUAAAUAAGCCGAUUUCUGUUUUAUCCUUGUUUUGAUAAAUAAGUUGGUUAUGUGCAAUUUCCAGAAACAUUGUAAAUAAUUUUUUUGUUUGUGAAAUUUUCUUUCAGUAUUUUGGUUAUCAACAUCUUUCUCAUUGUAACCUACUGUAUUUUAUUUUGUUUAAUUUAUUUUUAUGGUAAUUAUUUGAGUGGUAGAUUUAAGGUUAUAUAUAGGUGAGAAAUGAUAAGAAUAAAAAUAAUAUUAUUUUAUUA